CUUAAACCUCAACAUAACCCCUUUGCUCCUCUGUGCAAAUCACUACCACACGCUCCCCGGCCUCAUCGCUGCAUCUCUGCCAACCUGAAACAGACACACCACCCUACACUCCUCAAGAUUUCCUUCCUCCCUCUCUCACACAUCUCCUUCUCUUCACAUACACACAUCCUUCCUGAUGGCUCUCAAGCGGAUCAACAAGGAACUCUCAGAUCUCGGCCGCGAUCCUCCUUCAUCCUGCUCCGCAGGCCCAGUUGGAGAUGAUCUGUUUCACUGGCAAGCUACUAUCAUGGGACCUGGCGACAGUCCAUACUCCGGCGGCGUCUUCUUUUUAGCUAUCCAUUUCCCUACCGAUUAUCCUUUCAAGCCGCCAAAGGUCAACUUCACCACCCGCAUUUACCACCCUAACAUCAACUCAAAUGGAAGCAUCUGCCUUGACAUUCUGAGAGAUCAGUGGAGUCCUGCUCUUACCAUCUCUAAAGUUCUGUUGUCCAUCUGCUCUAUGCUUACUGACCCUAACCCUGACGACCCCUUGGUUCCUGAGAUUGCCCACGUGUACAAGACCGACCGUCCUAGAUACGAGGCCACAGCUCGUGAAUGGACACGGAAGUAUGCUAUUUGAUAAGGUGAAUGGUGAUGGCGGAGUGGGGACGAGCCAAGCAUGACAGCAUGACUACCCUGUAACGGCAUGUGGUGCAUUUUCCUGGGUUUGAUAAAUAAUGCGACGGGUGUAUGAACUUGGGUGGUGGUGUUUUUGUGUGUUGCUGGCCAAAACUGCCCUUUUGGUAUUCUCCGGCCAGCUCAUUUUAGAACCGUCCAUGCUCCGUAUCUUCCUUUAUUAACGAAAUCCAAAUAUGACGAGCAUUUUAUGUUAUGCAUGCACACCACUUCCUACCGUACACUGCCUCGCGAGGAUUCUUUUAACAAACCAGCAUCGUGUACCACAAGUCCGAGUCUUUCGUGUGUCAUUCUUGUCUUCGCCAUGUUGUUCUCUUUAAAUUUUCGACAACAGUUGAAUUGACACUGUUCGAGUACCUUGUCUUCGCUGUCUCCGGUUGUGACUACUUGGGAACUUCUAGCAUUUUUGACUUGAUGCUGGUGAGACCAUAGCACGCCGUGGGCUGCGUUUUCUUCCCUCCCUUUCUGCUUUUCUGGGUGGCUCGUUUUCUCUCUGUUAUUCGGUCUUUUGCUGAACAUGCAUUCAUUCCUCUUCAAUGAUAUAUCCAUCUGCAAUUUCUCUGUUUUGAGGAAGGUUUUUACUUUCCCCUUUUUCUGCUACAUAUAAGAUAUAAAUAGUGACUA